AUGGCUUUUUCUUCAACUUCAUCGGUUCACAAGAGCUUUAAGUAUGAUGUAUUUUUGAGUUUCAGGGGCGAAGAUACUCGUACAAACUUCGUUGAUCAUCUUUAUCAUGCUCUCCAGCAGAAAAGCAUUCAUACUUACAAGGACGAUGAGAAAAUCAAAAAAGGUAAAAAGAUCAGUGAUGAACUCAUCGGAUCGAUUGAAGAUUCAAAGUUCUACAUCAUUGUUUUCUCAAAGAACUAUGCCUCUUCAUCUUGGUGCUUGGAUGAGCUAGUAAAGAUAAUGGAGUGCCACAGGACGACAACAGAGCACACUGCUUACCCUGUCUUCUAUGAUGUGGAACCCUCCGAAGUCAGAAAACAAAGUGGGGCAGUUGGAGAAGCAUUUGCCAAGUACGAAAUGGAAGAGGCUGCUGGGAAAUGGAGAGUGGCUCUGAAAGAAGCAGCGGAUCUUGCUGGGUGGGAGUUGAAGAAGACUGCUGAUGGACAUGAAGCUAAAUUUAUCCAGAGAAUAGUUGAAGAGAUUUCACUAGAGUUGCGUUCCAUCAGUUUCAACAUUGAUGAAAAGUUAGUAGGAAUGGAGACCCGGAUCCAAGAUCUUGUACCAUCUUUAGGAAAUGGUUGUGAUGAUGUUCGCAUGAUCGGGAUCAAGGGGAUUGGAGGUGGUGGAAAGACAACUUUAGCAAGAGCUAUUUUUGAUGACAUAUCCUUUCAGUUUGAAGAUAAAAGCUUCGUUGAAAAUGUCAGGGAAAAUGCUUCUUUGUCAGGUUUAAAGUCGUUGCAAAAGCAAGUCCUUUCAGAUGUCUUAAAUGAAGACAUACGUGUAAGUAGUAUUUAUGAUGGGAAACACAUGAUGAAGAGGAGGAUGCGUGAUAAAAAAGUUCUUGUUGUUCUGGAUGAUGUGGAUCAUAUAGACCAGCUUGAGGCAUUAGCCGGUGAGCUUAAUUGGUUCAAGCUAGGAAGUAGAAUUAUCAUCACAACAAGAGAUGAGCAAGUGCUUGUAGCACACAGAGUGCGGUUCAUUCAUGAUGUCAAUUUGUUAUCGUAUAAUGAAGCGAUUUGCCUAUUCAAUAGGUGUGCAUUUGGGAGAGAUAUUCCAGUUAAAGAGUAUGACGAGCUGUCAAGACAAGUUGUACGUUACGCUGCUGGUCUUCCUUUAACAAUCAGAGUUUUGGGUCUGUUUCUUUGUGGUAAAAAUGAGCUUGAAUGGAUAGAUGCCCUAGAACGACUAAAAAAGAUUCCGUUAACAGAGACUUUGAAAAAAUUGGAACUAAGCUAUAUUUCUCUAGAGGAGGAUUACAAGGAAAUGUUUCUAGAUGUUGCAUGCAUCAUGAAAGGUUGGCGGAAAGAUGAUGCAAUCAAAGCACUUGAAUGCUGUGGAUUUCAUGCUAGAAAUGGUUUAAGAGUUCUUAAGCAAAAAUCUCUCAUAACUAUUAAUUAUGAUAAUUCCAAUAAAUGCAAGUAUGUGGGCAUGCAUGACCAUCUUGAAGAAAUGGGCAGAAAUAUUGUUCGCCGCUCACACCCGGAUAAACCUCACAAACAUACCCGAUUGUGGAUUUGCGAAGAAAUUGGAAAUGUAUUGGCUAAUGAUUUGGGUACGAAAGCGACAAGGUGCAUACGACUCAACACUCAAAACAGCAAUCGGAUAUUUGAUAUAAAAGGUCUUGGAAAGAUGAAGGAACUUAGAUUUCUUUAUGUGGGAGCUGCUCGUGGUGUGUAUUCGGAUUCUAAUUUGUAUUGGGUGUGGAAUAUAGUCAACCCAGAAUUUCCAAAUGCUUUACGAUAUGUACAUAUCAUCGGUUACCCUUUUAGGUCUUUACCCAUAACAUUUCAAGCAAGUAACCUUGUUGCACUUAAGAUGGCUAGCAGUAAAAUUGUACAACUUUGGGAAGGGGGAGAACAGAAGGUUCUUAACAAGCUGAGAAUCCUGGACCUCAGUUGUUCAAUGCUGACUACCCUUGACCUUGGACUUACUCCAAAUCUUGAGACGUUAGAUCUUGGACGAUGUUCUAAUUUGGCAGAUCUUCGCAUGCCUGUUGAAUGUUUAAAGCUCAUACGCAUCGACCUCAGCAAUUCAAGUUUGAUCAGGACCCUUGACCUUAGGCUGGCACCAAAUCUCAAAGAGUUGAUUCUUAACUUCUGCAAAUGUUUGGAAAAACUUCAGAUGCCUGAUAGAUGUCUAAAUCUCAAGUACUUAGGACUCGCUAAUUCAAAGUUGAGGACUCUUGAUAUUGGUCUUAAUCCAAAUCUCCAGGAAUUAGUUUUUGGAAAAUGUGAUUACUUGGAAGAACUUAACAUGGUGAAUGAAUGUCAAUAUAUCACCAACCUCAACAUUAGUUUUUCGAGGUUGAGGGCGCUUAACCUUGGGCUGUUUCCGAAUCUGAAGAGGUUAGAUCUUGGAGGAUGUUGUCAUUUGGUAGAACUUCACAUGCCUGUUGAAUUUUUAAAGCUCAAAUACCUCGAACUUAAAGGUUCAAGUUUGAGGACCCUUGAUCUUGGACUCGCUCCGAAUCUUGAAGAGUUGUCUCUUUUUAAUUGCAAAAAGUUGGAAAAACUUCACAUGCCCCGUAGAUGUCUAAAUCUCAAAUACUUACUAAUCUCUAAUUCAAAGUUGACGACCCUUGACAUUGGGCAGACUCCAAAUCUCAGGAAUCUAGAUCUGCAUGAAAAUUCUCACCUGGAAGAACUUUACAUGGGAAAUGAAUGUCAAAUGCUCACCAACCUCAACAUUAGUCAUUCAAAGUUGAGAACCCUUGACCUUGGACUGACUCCAAAUCUCGAGAUUUUACAACUUGACAAAUGUUAUAAUUUGGUAGAACUUAUGUGUUCUUGCACGUACCUUAAGAAGUUUUCCGGAAGCAUUUGUGGGUUACGACGUUUAAGACAGCUUCAACUAGAAGGUAGUAUCCUUGAGGUGCCUGAGGACCUAUACAAGUUAGAAAAUCUCAAGGAGCUAAUCUUAUCGUCUACAGAGUGGGAUGAUUUUCAGAAGAUUGGAAGGCCUACAAAAGCCAUUUUACAAAGAACCAUUGCAACAGGUUAUCAGGAUGCUAUUAAGUUUACUUUAAUCAUUAUGGUUUACCAAUUUUUUGACCUGAAGAGGGAAAGAUAUGCCAAUGUGCUUGUGAUGAUCAGAAUCUCAACUUUGUCAAAGGUUUAUACGAUGUUAUUUUAUAGGUAUCCUUCUCCUGUGUUACACCUUCAAGGAUCUGGGCUCCAUGGGCUCUUUGCAGGAUCUCUAUCAUUCCUUGUGGAAUAUUUGGCUUCGGAUCUAAUCAUGGGUAGUGAUGGAAGCUGUCAAGGUGUCAUUUCACUGAACAUGGAGGAUGGGAUGUUGCAUUGAUUUUGUUCUUCAGCAAUCUUGGCAACUGGGGUUUGUGGUACAUCAUAAAUCAUAACUCUCAGCAACCUUUGCUCAUAAUUUGGUCUCCACAUUGGAUCUUCAGUUUUUAUAUGGAGUUUGUGCCUUGUUAUUGAAGAAAAGAGAUGCUGAGAAAUUGAUGAAACACAAACUUGGCACGAGAGGCAUUAAGGAAGGGAGAAGGAUCGCUACACAAGUCUUGUUUUUUUCAAAGAAUGUAGAAGAGGGAGAUAUGGAGUUAAAAAGUAUAGGAAACUAUGGUGAUUGGAUUACCAACACUUCAUUCCAUCAUUUAGGAACAUUAAACUCAAGCAUGUACAAAAUUUCUUCCAAGGAAUUAUGUGACAAAUCGAAAUCCCACUGUACAAAACUUUCAGAAAACAAAACUUCAUAACAAUAAGACGACAGUAAUCAUAAUCCAUCAAUAGAAAGUAGCAAAAAAAUCAUCUAAAGCAAAUCAAAGUCUUGAAUCAAAGGGUGAUGAUGACUAGCUACAACUCUGCACGAAAUGAAACAUACACCCAGGAUCAAUCUUGAAGCCCAAAGUACAAGUCUUGAGAGAAUGAAGAAUGGAAGAAUGACGAACCUGAUUAGCUGGAGAGACACAAUCAAACUUCAUACAUCAUACCUGAAUUGCAAAAGAGGAAGUGGAAUGCGGAGGCGUACGGUGGUGCUAUGGUGUUAGAGAGGUAUGAAAGAGACGAGGGGAAUAGGAAAAUCAAAGAAAGGCUGGAAGGCACGGUGGUGCUAUGGUAGGACGAGGUUGCGAUGGGUGUCGCCGGUGGAUUAAAUUUUGGGGGUGGGGUAAAUUGGUGUUAGGUUAUUUGCUGUGACGUCCUUUCUAGUUUCUACUUUGUACUUUCUACGGCUCAAGGGAAGAUAAUGGGUCGGUUUGUAUAGUCGGGUCUGGAGGAUUAGGGGAUCCGAUAAGUGGGUAAUAGAAGGGCGGGGCAAGUACAGGGCUGAUUUUUGUUGAUAAAAUUUCACAGCUUUUUUAUUUUUUUCUCUAAAAUAGUCUUUAUCAAACUAUUUUUUUUUGGCAUGAAUGAGCUUUUUAGAGCAAACCUUGCACACCACAGUGGUCAUGUUAGUUUUAAAUUUGUCUCGUUACUGGUCCU